AUGGCAACAAUUUCCUGUUUUUGUUUUCCCUCCACCUCUUCGUCUUCUUCAUUCUCAAUUCACAGAAACUUUACUUUCAAUACAAACUCAAACUCUAUGUCUUUAAUGGGUUCGCUCUCUUUCGCUCCCAAAACCGGCACGCUCUACACUCGCUUUGUUUCAAUUUCCAUCAAACAAAAGCGUUCCAAUAUCCCACUUCAAGUGAGAUCAGUGGCUGUUCCUUCGGAAGCUGUUGCUGGGUUUGAUGAAAUGGUGUCCGGGACUCAAAGGAAGUAUUAUAUGUUAGGUGGCAAGGGAGGUGUAGGCAAGACAAGUUGUGCUGCUUCACUUGCUGUUAAAUUUGCAAAUAAUGGGCACCCCACUUUAGUGGUUUCAACUGAUCCUGCACAUUCAUUGAGUGAUUCUUUUGCUCAGGAUUUGACUGGAGGGCAACUGGUUCCGGUUGAUGGACCUGAUUGUCCAUUGUUUGCUCUCGAGAUAAACCCUGAGAAGGCUAGGGAAGAAUUUCGCAGUGUAACUCAGAAAGAUGGUGGAACUGGGGUUAAGGAUUUCAUGGAUGGUAUGGGUCUCGGUAUGCUUGUAGAGCAGUUAGGAGAAUUAAAACUUGGAGAGCUAUUGGACACACCUCCUCCUGGUUUGGAUGAAGCAAUUGCAAUUUCCAAAGUGAUGCAAUUCCUUGAAUCCCAGGAAUACAGUAUGUUCACUCGAAUAGUUUUUGAUACUGCACCAACGGGCCAUACUUUGCGACUUCUGUCUUUGCCAGACUUCUUGGAUGCUUCCAUAGGCAAGAUAUUAAAGCUUAAACAAAAAUUAGCUUCAGCCACGUCAGCAAUAAAAUCUGUAUUUGGGCAAGAGCAAACCCAACAGAAUGCUGCUGACAAACUGGAGAAACUGAGGGAGAGGAUGAUAAAAGUGCGUGAACUUUUCCGUGAUACAGAAGCAACAGAGUUUGUCAUAGUGACAAUCCCCACGGUGAUGGCGGUCAGUGAGUCCUCAAGGCUGCGUUCCUCGUUGACAAAGGAAACUGUACCUGUCAAGAGGCUUAUUGUUAACCAGAUUCUUCCCCCAUCUGCCUCAGACUGCAAAUUUUGUGCAAUGAAAAGGAAGGAUCAGAUGCGUUCUCUUGAUAUGAUCCGAAGUGAUCCAGAACUCUCCAACUUGAUAAUGGUUCAGGCACCCCUAGUUGAUGUUGAGAUCAGAGGCAUUCCGGCUCUAAAAUUUAUUGGGGACAUUAUAUGGAAGUGACCAUGUGUUCAUUGAUUUCGGAGGUACAUGUUAUUUAUCAAGCACGAGAAGGAAGGAGCCCUGAGAAGAGAGGUAGUUGGGUGGCAUUCUACCAAAAAGUUAGAAUUAAAUGGUGAAAGCCCUUCUUGCUUUGGCCAUCUUUUUGGACCGAAAGUACAAAUACAAUUUUUUUUUCCCAUCACCUUGAUUUUUCACUCUCUUUAAGUUUCCCCUGAUAAACUGGGAUUUGAAGCUAGUGAAAAUUAACAAAUUUUUUUCCUUACCAAGAAAUCCCUGAAUGUUCUCUCACAUAAGUUCUGUAAUUUUGAAGAAUGCUUUGUAUAUUCGUAUAAAUACAAAAUGAAAUAAAUAACUGAGC